CUUCCGUAGACGUAACGUUUCCAGUUCGGCUUCGCUAAAUAAUUCUUCCUGAAUGAGUAGUAAACAGACCGAAAACUCGACUGAGGACGUCCAUCACUACUCUACUGGACUAAAACUUCAUUCGUGUCUGCAUAAACUCGUCUCGGUGCACGUUGAAGCUUCUCGAGCGAGCUAAGCUUAGCUUAUCUUAGCUUGCUCGCCGCUAACAAAGAGACGCACGAUUGUUAGCGACACAUGGCUGAGCAGAGAUCAAGUGUGACUGAACAGUAUUGCAGUCACCGUCUAAAAAUGUGGGCAAAAUGUGUGAAAGAAGAAGAGUACGAGGAGGACAUUUGUCGAGCAGAAGAGACCGAACGUCACCUACUGGACGCCGUUUGCGAGCUGCAAGCUCGAGAUUUGCUACAGAGAGCAGACGUCACUCGAGAAGAUCUUCUUCAGCAGGAGCCAGAGUCCCUCCAGAUCAAAGAGGAGGAGGAGGAGGAGGAGCUUCCGCAGAUCAAAAAGGAAGAGGACCUCCAGUCUCCUCUCUUUAAAGAGGAAGCGGAGGAGGAUGAAAUCAGCAAGUUCUCAUUGACUGCUGUCAGUGUGCAGAGUGAAGCAAGUGAUGGAGACCACUUUGGAGGAUCCCAAGCAGACGGCCUCAUAGCGCCACUCGCAGAUAGUGACAGCGCAACGUCACACUCUUCUGACUAUGAGGACGGAGAACACUGGAAAGGUGAUAUGACAGGUCACGCUGACAACAAAAGCAUUCAGUGUUCUCAUUGUGACAAAACGUUUGACAACAAGUCAUUGCUGCAAGCACACGAAAGAACGCACACUGCACAAAAACCUUUCACCUGCUUAGCUUGUGGUAAAAGAUUCUCAUUAAAGGCCAAUUUAACAAUGCACACAAGGACACACACUGGAGAAAAACCUUUUGCCUGCUCAGUUUGCGGUAAAAGAUUCUCGAGAAAGUCAACUUUAUCAAUGCACACAAAAACACACACCGGAGAAAAACCUUUUGUCUGUUCAGUUUGUGGUAAAAGAUUCACACAGAAAGGAGAUUUAACAAUACAUGCAAGAACGCACACAGGUGAGAAACCUUUCGCCUGCUCAAUUUGUGGGAAACGAUUCACUCAGAAUGGAGAUUUAAGGGUUCACACAAGAACGCACACUGGAGAAAAACCUUUAGCAUGCUCAAUUUGUGGGAAAAGAUUCUCGAUGAAAACCUAUUUGAAAAGACACACAGUUACACACACUGGAGAAAAACUUUUUGGCUGCUCAGUUUGUGGCAAAAGAUUCUCGAGACACGGCGAUUUAAGAAUGCACACAAGAAAACACACGGGGGAGAAGCCCUUUUCCUGCUCAGUUUGUGGAAAAAGAUUCACUGGAAAGACAAACUUAACAGCGCACAUGAGGACGCACACUGGUGAGAAACCAUUCAGCUGCAAUGUGUGUGACAAAAGAUUCUCUCGAAAGGAUCAGCUUAAGAAACACAAGUGUGCUGGUGAGAAGAGCAGCGCUCCAUGAAGCUACGGAAUAAACUGCAGAAACCGAUAUUAGUGGAGGUCGCGUACUGAGUUGGAGAAGACUGUUCGAGGUGAAUUUGAUGAAACAGCUUCGCUUCGAUCAAUAGAUACAGCGUAUAUGAAUGAGAAUGUCAAAGAAUGUACCGUAUCCCGAUAUAUCGGAUGCUGUAAUUGUCAAAAAUGCGGUGGCACAGCAGCCGGCGUACUCGUGGGGACCGGAGCCGGACUUGGCCGCUCCCUGCCCAUCUGCGGAUUUUGACGAUCACGCCAAUGUAUGUUGCGCCCGAGCGAGACCGUACGACUCGAACUGCAUGUAACAAGAUUAGGUCAUUGAUUUACAAGAUGGAUGUUAUUGUAAUCCAUUACAUUACUGGGAGAAAGUGUGCCAUCAAAUUACAGCUGCUUCUGGAAAUUUCCAUGAUUCCAGUUUGAGUUGCACAGAAGCUCAAAUUGUUUUCAUAUCACUUCCUCCUUGUCAAGCUGACGCUUGCGAUUGGCGCGCUCUGGUCACGUGCCACUCAUGUCUCAAACGUGAGCUCUUUUUCCAACUAUGAACUCCAAGCGCCACCUUGUGGUGCAAUCUAUUAGUUUGUCUGAGAUUUGGACAGGUUUGGACUCCUCGUUAUACAACAUUGACCUCUGAACAGUUUCACCUUCACAAUUUGGGACUUUGUUUUCCUUCUUAUGGAACUUUGACUUAUCAGGGUUGUCAUGUGAAGUGAAAUUUGUCAUUUGCUUGAAUGGAUUUCCACAUGCUGUACACGUGUCAUGCAACAAAAAAAAUUUUAAAUAUGUAUUUACACGUCA